AUGGAUGGUGUCAGAUCCUCCCGUCCGGACAAGCCGUAUCAACGCACUUACAAGGCAUGCAUCCCUUGCCGGCAACGGAAGGCCAAAUGCGACCUAGGAACCGACCCAGAUGGUCUUCCGAUCGGCCCACCAUGUGCGCGCUGCCGAAGGGAGCUAAGGGAUUGUGUAUUCCCCGAGAAACGCGCGUGGGAAAGGUCACGCAAACGAGCGCGAUCACCGGCGAGCUAUGAGACGGAUGUCUCACCCCGACAGACCAGACAACUUACGACAUCGUCACCUGAUACUCCUGUUCUCGUACAGGGGCAUAUCCAGAACAUGCAUCAUGCAGGCGAAGUAGCCAACUCAAUACCCGAGACCAACUUUCAGUCGGGAUGGUCAUAUCAUCGGGAUCAAGCGAGCUCUCAUCGAGGCUCCCUCGAUCACCCUUCCGUAGGGCCCCCAAGGGCUAAUCGGUCACCUUCUCAUACAUAUGAAAAUAACAGACACCAAUCGAACUCCACCCUCGCCAGCUCUAUGAUGCGCACUGUCGUGUCAAGUGGCAAUGAUGCACUCAAUAUUCUCUUCGAAGCUGCAACUGCUCAAGAAGAUAAUAGUCCCGAUACUAGCUCUGAAUCACUAGCUGAGCCUCCAUCGGCAGGUCCGAGUACACAAGAUCGAACACCCGGAAACCACGAUUUCGCGUUUGAGUCGGUGGCGCGGGUAAUACGUCCCGUCAAGCUAUCCGACGCCACUCAAGAUACUCUCAAUGUCUGGGAGGCUUGUCGGUUUGUCAAGAUGGGCUGGUUUAGUGCUAGAGAGGCUGUGACUUUUAUUGAUCUGUUCUUUAAGAAUAUGUCCUGUUUAUCUCCAAUCUUAACUGAUUUCUACUCCAAUCACCGAUAUCACUACUGGCUGAUUGCUCGGGAGCCAGUUCUAUGCUCCACCAUUCUCAUGAUCUCUUCCCGCUAUCACGUCCUUCCUGGAGCAGGGGGAGAGUCGAGGAAUUUCUUUAUCCACCAUCGACUAUGGUCACAUUGCCAGAAAUUGACGAUGCGGCUGAUAUUUGGGCAAGAAAAAUCAACAAAAUCCAAGGUGCGGAGUCUUGGUACUGUGGAGGCACUUCUGUUGAUGUCAGAAUGGCAUCCUCGUGCUUUGCAUUUUCCGCCCGAGACAGAUGGCUGGGACGAUGAUUUAAUCCCAUCAGCCCCCAGGAACCAUGAGAAUAAAGAACCAAGCUCAGCACCUGGUAGUGGCGGGGUGGAAGAUAUAAUUGAACCAGCACGCCGAUCUGACCAAAUGUCCUGGAUGUUGCUUGGGUGUGCGCUCUCCCUUGCACAUGAGCUAGGGAUAUUCGAGACAGAAGAGACCAGCUCACCAACCGACGAACCAGAAUGGAGAGAUCAAAUAGCAAUCCGCUGGCAACGUGUACAACGUCUGUUAUAUGUCUACAUUAAUCAAUUGGCUUGGCGGAUCGGAUGCAUGUCACCAAUUCCUCAAUCAUUAAACCAUGCCAUACUAGGCGGACGGAAGCCACAGGGACUAAGUCCACCGGGCAGCACAUGGCUGACCUUCAUGGAUUCAUGGAUUGAGCUUACCAAACUAGCCAAGUCUGUGACUGAUAUGUUCUUUCCCUCUGCCGCGUUUGCACGCCAGCAACUGCACAGCGGCCGCUAUGUAGGCCUUCUCGAACAUUUCCGACCUCUUCUAAACCAAUGGAAAGACAAGUACCUACAGCCUCAGGUACUUGAUAAAGCAUUCUACAACGAUCUCUUCAUCGAGUACCACUUCGUCCGCGUCUACACGCAUUCAGUGGGAAUGCAAGCAGUAGUGGAGCGUGCUGUCGCAGAGAACGACCACAACAGCUUCGAUGGGGUGCGACCCAUGACUAUCGACCCAACCGACUACGAAUACAUCCAAGAGGUGAUCGAAGGAUGUGGCCAGAUCUUGCAAAAAGUCACCCAUCUAGCCGAGGUAGGGGCGCUACGGUUCUCGCCAGUCCGAAUUGUUCUUCGCAUAACCAGUGCUUCGAUCUUCUUGAUGAAAGCCCUCAGUCUGGGUACACGGCAAGCCAAGCUCCAGGAAUCAAUUGAAAUCCUAGAGAAGAGUAUCAAAGCACUCAAGUCAAACGCCUUGGAUGAUGUGCAUCUGAGCACGCGGUACGCUGCACUGCUAGAAAUGCAUGUCUCGCGCUUGCGGCGGAAUCUACUUGCGUCGUCGAAAGUGGCGAAAAGUAGCCAAGACGCCACGCGAAGAUCAUCCAUGGGACCCCCUCCUUGGCCGGGGCCGGACACUGGUGACCGGUCAAAUUCCAUGAGGGCCCCAGUAGUGCAGGACACACCACCAGAUCUGGGAUAUAUCCCGUCCUUGAACGAUAUUGGUGCAGAUAACUGGCUUUCGCUGCCCUUUGACCCAUCGAUGGCACCGUUUGAUAUGAGCCAUGGAUGUCAAUUUCCCAUGUAUGAUGGUGGGACAUUAGACUUUAUUUGGAAUCUGCCAUCGUGA